UUCAUCAAAAGUUUAUUGAGCAUCCAGUAUGUGCUAGGCACUCUGCUGAAUGCUAGUAAUACAAAGAUGAAGAUGAAAACAACACAAAAACAAACAAACAAACCCCACUUCCUUACUUACCCCUCCCACCCCCAAUUUAAGGCAGAUUUGGCUUAAGCCUGGCAAGCUGGCCCCUCAGGGAUUCAGCACCAGGGUAUGGCAUGUUCUCAUCUCACCCUAACCUUCACCUGUGCGUCUCAAGGCUGACAAGCAGGUACUCCUUAUCCAAGUCCUGCUGCCUCUGCCACCUUCCUGAGAAACUUUUCCCCUACAUGCAUUAUCUCAUUAUGGAUGAGGCACCUGGGAAGUUUAGGGGAGCUGCGAAGGCACACCUGCUCAAAUGAGCCUGGGGAAGUGCCGAGGGACGGGGAGCUGAGACAGCCAUGCUGUUGGGGUCAGGGCAGAGGGGGCAAACUAGAAAUGUCAGUGCCUUUGGGGCUGAGACAAAACUUGACCUGGUGUGGAGGUGAUGGGUAACAGGGGCCUUGGAAUUGCUCCACGGGUUGAUGGCGAAUCAGAGCUGGAGUUUAGGAGGCUAGGGAUGCAAGGACCCUUGGAGGCAUUAAGGAGGAGGGGACAGAAUACGCAGAGGGCCUCCUUCUCUUUCAGCUUUUUAAUUGCCCUCUCUCCUCACACAGUAGAUUACUGCCACUCCUAUGAACUGUUCAAUAGGUGGUGGCAUGGGCAUGUCCUGGCUACACAGCGGCCCAGCCUCUUUAUUUUGAUGUUAGUGUGAUUAGGGAGUCUGCCCUUUUUCUGUGCCCUGGGAC